UUUAGUUUAUCUUUACAACUUAUCCAUCCAUCACAGCAUUCAGUUUGACUACCAUUGUACCAUGGAACGAAAAAUCGUUGACGUCAUUAAGAAGGAGUAAAGGAUUGCCAUAAGAGUGAAGAAUCACAAAAUUGGCGAGCUUGGAAACAUAACGACGCCAAACUUUUUAUCUUAAUUAAUAAUAUCUAAAUAUUUUACUUCAUAAAUUAUAAUUGUAGCUUGUUUAAUUCUCUUAUCUUUUAAACUGUAGUAUUUGAAUAUUCUUCUGCUAAUAGCUGCGCAAAAAUGAUAAUAAGAUGAUUACAAGAUUAUCAGAUAGGCAGCUGCGUAGGGACAUCGUAGCGUUUUAGGCUUUGCGAUUUUUUAAAAAUAUAUUUUCAGGGUACUGUAAUUUUAUGUCGUCAUUUGAUUUACAAUGACUAUUUAAUGAAACUUAGUUAGAUUAAUAUCAAAUAUUGCUUAAAUUUCAGAAUAUUAUUAUUAUUAUUAUUAUUUAACAUUUGGUUGGCUAAUUAACAAGUCAACGAUUCUGGUAGGCUUUGAAUUUUCGUACCUAAAAAGAUUUUUUUUUUAUUGUUUUGUUUAAAAUUACUUGCUUCAAAAUUUAUUUAUUUAUUUAUUCUGCAAGAUACUGAUACCAAUUCUUUGUCUUUGACCUGCAAAUUCAAAAGUUGUGCUAUUUCACAUCUUCAUAAAAUUUAUUACUCAUCAUUUAUUUGUAUUGAGAGACACAAUUAAAAUCAAUAAAAAUAUCUAGUUUUUAAAGUGAUGGCGCGGACAGAGGAAAGAUGUAAAAUCUGCACUUCCUAAAGCACCGACAACGCUUGAUCGACACCCUCCCCUAGAUGAACAAGAAAAAUGGAUAUUUUCAGAAAGAAAAAAGUUAUUUGCCGCCUAUUAAAUGAUGCAUAAUUUCAUUUAAGAUAAUAAAAAAGAUAUUCAUGUUAAAUUUAAAAAAUGAAAAUAAUCAUGGCAUAUUUAAUAAUAGAGAUAUCUUUAUUGCAAUAAUCAAUUUUGGCUGUCAAUUAUUGAAAUAUUUCAUCUGUUUCCUGUUUGCUAAUAUUCGGCAUAAAAGUUUGUUAAAUGUAUUUAAUCAAUUAAAAUAAUUUUAUUGAUUAAUGUAUGUAAUGCAUAGUAUUGAUUAAUGUGCGUAAUAAUGUAUUUAAUCAGUUAAAAUAAUCUUUGUACUUGAAAAACAGCCACUGAUUAUAAGAAUCAGACCGAUAGAAAAUAAUUUUCUUUUCAACUUACUUUAUCUUAUCUUGUUAUAUACUUUAUCUUCUUAUCACUUUCUCUCAUAUUUCGAGAGUGAUAUUGUAGCACUUCUAUAAUUUCUAUUUCUCAAGCUAAUAUUUUUCAAUAAAUAAUGUAAAAACUCGGGUUUAAAUGCAGCUCUGGGUUUAAAAAUAUAUAUAUAUCGUAAAGAAUUUGCCUUAGUGUUUUUGAGAGCGAAACGCUAUGCAACAGUUUUGGCGACCCCUUUGGCGCCUUUUAUUUAAAUACUGGACAUAUCCAACAGAACAACCCUAAAACUACGUAGUAACUCCAGCCACAGAUUAUUUCGUCCAGUAUAACCACUCCCAUACGCAAAGAUAACCUGCUUUAGUCUGCAGCGUGUACUCUAGUUAAACAUUAUCAGAAGCUUAUUAUAUAAGAAAUCGAUAAGGCAUACCAAGAUCAUUUAAAUAAACUCAUCCGUUGACCAAAGAAUUGAAUUUUUUUCGCAAAUUAUCUUGUGUAAGCUAUUCUAUGUACAAUAAUUAACUUCUUGUACAAAAUAAAGUUGAAUUAUUGGUGGAAUUAUUUUUAUUAUGGCCACCGAAGUUGACACCAAAAGAGAAGAAUUUAUUUUAGAAUGGAAAAUCAAGAAUUUCAAUUAUUGCUGGCAAAAAAAAGGAGAUUACCUUAAGAGUCCAUCAUUUGUUUCGGACGCAUUAGAGGGAACCAAGUGGAACCUGGUUCUGUUUCCGAGAGGACGUACAGAUGGAAACUACAUCUCUUUAAAUCUUAGAAGAGAUCUAAACUGCAACGGUCCGAACACUAGGAUAAGUAUUGAAAUCGAGCUAUCAUCCGUUUCUUGGGUAACUUUUAAGUCAGAUCACACAAUGAGAAGUUCUGCAACCUUCUCAAAAGGUUCCGGUUUUGGAUUUCCACGCUUUCAGAAGCGAAAAGAUAUCUUCAUGCUUAACAAAGAUAUUUUUCUUCCUGAAGAUACACUGAUAAUUUGUUGCAAAAUGUGGAGAAGUGAUAGCAAAUCACCGAUGAUUGAAAGAUACUCAGCAACAACUCAUAUUACAGUGGGACGCAUGAAGUUCCUCUGGACGAUCGAAAAAUUCAGUGACCUUCAACCUGAUGAAGGUAAUACAUUUUGUGUCACAUCUGCAUCGGAUGAAAAAAUUAUCAUGUUUUAUGUCUUGACAGUGACUGGUGGACAAAUUUUUGAUGAAACACUUCAGAUCAAAUUAACUUCUCCUCUCCCUAGUAUAUUCUUUACUACUAGUUUCUUUGUUUUAAAUACUUCUGGAGGAAAAGAAGAAUGUGGCCGAUGUGAAUUUUGGUUCGAUUAUUCAUACAAAGAUCGCUACAUGACACUGCUCUUCACAAAGGAGGCACUUCUGGCGAAGAAAAGUCAUUACUUGCCGAAUGAUGUUUUGACACUUCAGUGCGAAUGCGCCUAUUCUACAGAAAACUCUUCUGAAGAGAUCGAAAAGAUUUACCCUGGAUGUGUCGACGUAAUAACACCAACCCUCACGUCCAGCUUGUAUUCUGGGGACAACUGUUCUGAAUCAUUCGCAGCUUUGAAAGAAAAUCUACAACAUCUAUAUAAUGAUGGCUUUCUCAGUGAUGUAAACUUACAUACAAAUUCCGGAACAUUCCCCGCCCACAAGAUCAUUCUAAGUGCUCGCUCUCCGGUAUUUAAAGCCAUGUUUACGAACAACAUGAAAGAGAAGUCGAGUAAAAUUGUUGAUAUUAAAGACUUGGAUGAUGACACAGUGCAUCGAAUGCUUCUCUACAUCUACACCGCAAAAGUAGAAGAUCUAUGUUGGGAAAGUGCUUUUCAGCUGUAUAUGGCAGCUGAUAAGUACGAGAUCCUCUCGCUUAAGACGAAAUGUUCAGCCCAUUUAGCAACUAAUCUUACGCCAAAUAACGCUUGUGAUGUGUUAAUACUAUCUGAUUUGCAUCAAGAUGAAAAACUGAAAUCAGCGGUUCAAAAUUAUAUCUUGAAGAACGACAAAGUCAUCAUCAAUUCAGAAAAAUGGGAACUCCUGAUGAAAACGAAUUCAAAAUUAGCAGCCAAUACACUAUGUCUUAAGUACAAAUAAGAGGUUCUUUUCUUCUCAUUAUUCUACUUCUUCAGUUGACAAAGAAGACUUCUUUUGCAUUCGCAUCUUGUGAAUCACAUCUCAACCUCUACGCUUUAUAAUGCAUUGUUUAAGUGUGCAAUCACAGUUAACCUCUUUUUUAACUGUUAAACAUUGUUCCAUAAUGGUAAUGAAUUUAGAAAUAGCAUAAAAAUAAAAAUUAUAUGA